AGGAAGAAAAACAGUAUUGUAUUGUAUAAUCGUUGAUUGCACAUUGUUAAAUUAUCCUUUCAAUUAUAAACAGCUAUACAUUACAUAAUACUAUCGGUAGCCCCUGCUCGAGGGUUUCACAGGUUCGCAGCUGCGCAGGUGUAUCGCCGGCACCUUCUCAUUAACAUCUUGGCCAAAAAGCCAGUCACGCCAGUAGAAGGAUCUGGUACGGUCAAGUCAUCCUAUUGAUCUUCAUUCGCUAAUACGUUUCGAACUUACGAUAAGCUGUUUGAUAUCGGAUACCCUUUGUAAUCUGAGGAACCAAGGAAGUGAUCGUUGAACAGGACGAUGCAAUGGGCGAGGGCAAAAGCGACCGUUCCAGCAAAAGGCAAAGGUCCUCCCAGAGAGCCAACAAGUCAUCCUCGGACAGUGAGCUAGCGCAGGGUAAAAACAAAGGGCGGAAAAGCAAAUCGAAGGAAAAAUGGCCCUUACUCGAAGGGCUGACGGUCGAUGAAUUGGUUCGUUAUCGAAGAAGACGCGUCGAAGGACAACCGAAAGACAACCUUGGAGUUUGUCCUGAAACGGAAGGCAAUGAUCUCGUCUCCGAAUAUGGUGAGGCGUUUCGUGCGAAAGGCGAGGAAUCUCUAAAGGAAAGUAUCUGGUUGGAAAGAAGCGAACGACUCGAGGAUCUUCCGUUAAAGGAUUUCGAAGAAGGUGGAAACAACACGGAUGAAGAAGAUCUUGAUGAACAAGAUAGAGAAAAUAUUGAGCUUCCAAGUGAAUAUAAAGUAACAGAAACUGCUGGGGUACAGAACAACGAUAAUACAAUGGAGACUGAUAAUGCAAAUUCUAAAAUUAUAAGCCAUACCAAUCAACCGUCUUUAACUAGAAGCAGGAGAGGUGCAUUAAAACGAAACGGAGAACCCUACCCCGAUACGGAAACGUAUUCAUCGUACGUGGCUUACGAAGGUCAGCAUAGACCCGAACUCGCCCGUAGACCUACCUCGUUAAAGAUGGAAGGUGAUAUGAACACGAUGACUGAAAAAUGUGAAAAAUUCAUCGAAUGGCUAAACGUCAGUCGACCGGAACUUCUGCGUGUACCGACGCACCUGAAACUCGAGGGUAAUUUUGAAAGCUCCACGGAAAAUCAUGAUAAGUAUGUGCCAUUUGUAGGGGUACGAAGGCCGGAAUUAUUGAGACGGAAUACGAAUUUGAAAUUAGAAGGGGAAUUUAAUUUCGUAAAGGAGUAUGCUGAUGAAUUCAAGAGACACGAUAAUAAAGAACGUUUGCCACCAAAGAAAUCCGAUAAUCACUUGAACGCUGAAAAGAAUCCUCACAAAGAGAACAACACUGAUAAGAUGAAUAACAAUUCUCGUGGUAAAGAAGUGCAAUUAACCAUCGAGUCGAAGAAACAUAUAGUAGAGGAAGAAAAUAAAAAACAGAAAAAAGAAAUGGAGAUGGAUAUGUUGAUUUCAAAGUUAGAAGAUCUGAAGAGUGAACCGCUGGAAAUUCCAGAAUACAAGGAUGCAUAUAAGGAUUUCCCUAGAGAGAGACCUAAGAUCGUAAAACCUGAAGAUGAAAUAGGACGAGCAGAUGGCUCUAAAAUAUCUUCGUCUCCUACGCACAAAUUUACAGCGAAAAUUGAUCAGGAUCCAGAAUAUAAAUCUAAAUACUUGGAUUAUCAAAGAGAUUAUCCUGUCUAUCGGAAACCACCACCAUCCGUGAGAUCGACGCUGAUUCCUACGGAACAUAGCCCUCGUUUUGUUAGACAAGGAUCUAGGAGACACGAUUAUGAGCUUACCAGCGAGGUACAAUCUCAGUACGUUCCUUACGGUCGUAUACCAAGAGUUGAAACUCUAAAAAUGCCAGCAAAUUUACGUCUAGAAGGGAAUAUAGACCUUGAGCCAGAAUAUAGAACAGCUUAUUGCACGAAACGUGAUUAUCAGUUAUGCACCGAACCGAGAAUGCAUCGUAGACGAGACCGUAGUUUAAGUGCUUCCAGACAUAAAGAGAAUUAUUGGAUAAAUAGUAACGUAGAACAGUUUGGUUAUAAGAAUGCAGCUCAAGAUCAAAACGCGUUUCAAAUAGUGAACACUCGAGUACACGAGGAUACCAUUUGCGAAAAACCACCGCCACCAACCAGUCGAAGAGGUUCAAGAUCUUCCCAAAUCCAAGCUCAAAGAGCAAUGCAAUCAGGUAUGGUGGAGUGUAAUACAAAAGAUCGAUCAACCAGCCCGACUUAUCGACUUCACGUGUGUAAUGUUGACGAUGAACAGGGAGGUUUUCGACGCAGACGAUCGCCACUUCAGUCUUCCGGAAGGAUGUAUAAUCCUUCGCCUAACCAUGUACUUCAAAGUGAUACUACCAGACCAUAUUCUCCUAGUUUUGGAAAAUCCGCUAAGCAACACAGUAAUGAUCAAUCAUUUGUUAUUUUGGAUAAUCGAAUUUUCGACAGGAACAAAAAUGAAAUUCGUAGAAGACGAGCAGAUAGGAAUUAUAAUAUCGAUAGUAUACUUUCUCAUUCUAAAGGGAAAACUAGGACAUCAACAAAUUGGAUGCCACCGUGGUACGAUAGUACAAAUACUAUUUAAAGCAUUAUAAACAAUCUUUGAAACGAUUAAAGAAUAAAAAAUAGCAUCUUAGCUUU